ACGCACGCAUCGGAACGCUUGUUUGCAUUUAUUCGAGCACGAGGAUUGGGCUUUCGCCUUCUGGUUCUGUCUUCUGCGUCUCAUUUUCUGGGUUGGAAGAAUGCGUGCGCUUGCCUGCUCUGCUCUACCGUCUUUCUCAUGCUUCUGCUUCUUCUUCAUCAUCUUCUUAUUCUUCUUCUCCGCUCUAGUGCUUCCUCCUCCCUAUUUUUAUCUUUAUCCUUUUCUUCUUAUCCUUCUCGUGGGCACGCCUGCGCGUGCUGCACGUAUAUACAUAUCCGAUAGACUCGCUUUUAGAUCAAGAAAGACGAAUACGCAUGCGCAUGGACGAGAGCUGGGCUGGGCUUGCGACGUGACAUGAUGCGAUGUGGGUGGCGAUGCUGUGUGUGAUAAUAGCGGGGCUAGGAUAGAUAUGCACGCACGGCAGCUGCUCAGACAAUUGAAGCGAGUGAUGAUGUGGGUGGUCAGGCUGUGUACGGGAACCUUUAUUUUUGGAUACUUGAGGGCG